GUUCUAGAUCCUCUUGUCUAGCCAUCAUGAGACCGAACAGGGGAAGAGAGAAGGGUAUAAAGAUGGCCUGGCAUCCCGUCGAGCUCAUCUCUUCUCCAUCAGCAAGCAUCCUCCGUCUUCAAGGCUCAAUCUCGCUGACUCCCGCUCUUCUCUUGAUCUCAUCGUCGUUCCCGACCAUUCAACCAGCAAAAUGAAGACCUCUACUCUCUUGACUGCUGGCCUCCUGGCCACCGCCGCCGUCGCUGCUCCCCUCACCGAGAAGCGCGCCGCGGCCAAGGCUGCCCGCCUCGCCAGACGCGGCGAGAACCGCAAGAGCAACCCCCCUCUCAAGCCCGGCACCAACGAGGCCAUCAACCUGACCGGCGCCAAGGACACCGAAUACUCGUCCAACUGGGCUGGUGCCGUCCUCGUCGGUACCGGCUACACGGCCGUGACCGCCGAGUUUACCGUCCCUACUCCCUCCGUGCCCUCCGGUGGCUCCAGCCGCGAGCAGUACUGUGCCUCCGCCUGGGUUGGUAUUGACGGUGACACCUGCGACACCGCCAUCCUGCAGACCGGUGUCGACUUCUGUAUCGAGGGCAGCACCGUCAGCUACGACGCCUGGUACGAGUGGUACCCCGACUACGCCUACGACUUCAGCGGCAUCAGCAUCUCCGCCGGCGAUGUCAUCAAGGUUACUGUCGAUGCCACCAGCAAGACCGCCGGUACCGCCACCGUCGAGAACGUCACUAAGGGUACCACCGUCACCCACACCUUCAGUGGUGGUGUUGAUGGCGACCUCUGCGAGUACAACGCCGAGUGGAUCGUUGAGGACUUCGAGGAGGACGACUCCCUCGUCCCCUUCGCCGACUUCGGCACCGUCACCUUCUCCUCUGCCUCCGCCACCAAGAGCGGCAGCAGCGUCGGCCCCUCCGGCGCCACCAUCAUCGACAUUGAGCAGAACAACGAGGUCCUCACCUCUGUCUCGACCUCCAGCAGCGAGGUUGUUGUCACCUACGUCUAAGCGGAACAGGCGGAUGCACGGCCAACGGGACCGUCUGGGCGACCUAGCGCGCUGGAUUCCCCGGCUUCGAUGGAUGAGACCUUUGAAGAUGAAGAUGCGAAUGAGCAAAUAUUGUCAUGUCUUGAGAUUAUGCUUUGUUGAUAUGUUGGGG